AUGGAUCCUUUCUCAUCAUUAAACUUGGCGAGAUCAACGAUUCAGUUGAUCGAUUGGAGUUCGAAAUUGUUAUCGGGAGCAUAUGAGAUAUACCAUUCUCCGGAUGGCCUCACUGAAGACGAUGCUGAGCUGGGCGAGAGGACGGCGAUUCUUCGUAGACUGGCUUUUGGUUUAGCGAAUAGAUCGUCGGGUCAUGUCGCUGAUGGCAAAUGCGAGUCACUUCCGAGCCAGCCUGUCGCUGCGCCGGAUAUUGGCGGUGAUUCUCUUGAACAAGAGAAUAAGAACGCACCCCGAGAAGAUGAGCCCAACGACGUGAUGAUCCAGCUCCUUCACCACGAGGACAACGACAAGGCAAUGGGAACCGGCAACAAACUAGAAGUCGACCAAGCAUACAGAAAACUCCAAAAGCUGACUUCCGAAAUGAAGACCAGCGCAAAGGCCUUCGCCGCCGAAGACGUUCCACGCAGCGAGCAAGAGCAAAACCUCCAGCGCGUGGCCAAGGGAUGCGACGACAUCGCGAAGCGGCUCGAGACCACUCUGAAACAGCUACGCGUUGAUCCCAAGAACGCAAAGUUUCGCAAGAUUUCUAGCUUUCGUCAGGCUUUUGUCAAGUUAUGCAGUCAAAGGAAGAUUGAUGGGAUGGAGAAGUCUUUGGACAAGUAUCGGACGGACUUGAUUCUUCAACUCUCUGUGAUUAUGAGCGAUCAGCAGUCAAGCGUCGUCAGAGAACUUCGCACCUUGAGAGAUGCUAGCAGUCGUCUUGGAGCUUAUGAAGAGCACCUCGACAACAUCUCAAAGUCAUUCCGACUGAUUCAAACCCAAGCAACUGAAGACGCCGAGCAACGUCGACAGGAUCCAGCAGCCUACAGGACAUAUAACGACGAUGAAGAAACUGAAGGGAAGAAAUUCAGCCUUUUCUCAUUGCACAAAUCUUACGGAGCUUCCGACAAAGGCGGACCCUCGCAGAGCCAGAAUAACCUUGCUGUCGACGACGAAAUUCCCCAAGCAUUCCAAUAUCUGGCAGAAACGCUCCGGUCUUUAGUCACAACAGCUACCGAUGUCGCCGUUGCACAACGAGUUCUAAGCGGCCUUCACUACAAAACAAUGACUAUGCGCAUAGAAAGCGUCGUCGAAGCAUACACCGACACGUACGAAUGGAUCUUCAAGCCACGCUGGGCCAAGAAUGCAAAGGGCAUCAAAGUCCACUUUGCAGAAUGGCUCGCCGAAAAGGACGGCAUCUUUUGGGUCUCUGGGAAACCAGGAUCUGGCAAGUCAACGCUCAUGAAGUUUCUCUGCGACCAUCAUCGCACGGCCGAAGCGCUCGCCAACUGGGCGCGGCCCCUGAAUCCAGUCAUGUCGACGCACUUCUUCUGGAGCUCGGGAACGACGAUGCAAAAAUCCCAAGAGGGUCUGCUCCGAUCGCUGCUCUACGACGUCUUCAAGAAAUCGCCCAAGAUUAUGAAAAUGGUCUGCCCGCAGCGCUGGGAAGCGUCAAGGAGAGGAGAAGGCGAUCUGGAGCCUUGGACGCUAUCGGAGCUGCGCAGAACUUUGACUGCUCUUGCGACGUGCCAUGGGCUUGGCUACAAGUUUUGCUUUUUCAUUGACGGACUCGAUGAGUAUGAAGGCGAUCAUUCCGAGAUCAUUGCCAUGUUGCGGUCCCUGGCUAUUUCGCCGCAUAUCAAGCUUUGUGUGUCUAGCAGACCGUGGAACGUCUUUGAGGAUGAAUACGGCAAAAGUAUCGACAGAAAGCUGUAUCUCCAGGACUUGACGAGCCGAGAUAUACGUCACUAUGUUCAGAGAAAGCUGGAAGAACAUCCCAACUGGCAAGUUCUCCCGUCAGAAGAGCCUCUUUACAAGACUCUCCUAGAAGAAGUCACCACAAAAGCCCAAGGGGUGUUUCUCUGGGUAUAUCUCGUCAUCCGCUCUCUAUAUGAAGGCCUUACAAAUGGCGACUCGCUGCCUGCUCUAGAGCGAAGAACUCGCGACCUACCAGCAGACCUCGAGUCCUUCUUCAAACAUAUGCUCGACUCCGUAGAGCCAUUCUACCACACACAAAUGGUCAGAACAUUCCAAGUAGCCAUGGGCUCGACAUCUCCUCUACCACUCAUGAUCUACUCAUUCCUCGACGAAGACUUUGAGAACCAAAACUUUGCGCUCCAAAUCCCUGUCAAGCAAAUGCCCAUGGUGGAAGUCGUCCGUCGCCAAGAUCAACUGCGCAGGCGGCUUAACGGGCGAUGCAAGGGCCUCUUAGAAGUCUGCCGAAACAGCAACGAAGGUCCGUACAUGGGCCACCGCGUCGAUUUCCUGCAUCGGACUGUGCGAGACUUUCUGCGGACAAAGGAGAUGAGCGACUUUCUCGCGGAAAAAGCAGGGAAUCACGGCGGGCCCAACACGCUCGUGUUCAAGAGCUUCGUGCCCCUCAUCAAGUCCAUCCCCUGGGAGGAGGUUGACGUAUCUGAGGGAGGCUUGCUAUCAAGGAUGCUGGGCGAUGCAGUGCACUAUGCCUACAAGGCAGAGCUGGAAUCAGGAGAGCCUCAGAUCGAGCUGCUCGACGAUCUGCAUCGCACGCUGAAAUUUUAUGCAACAACUACCGGCAAACCGAUCCCGUGGUACCAGGACUGUUAUACACCAUCCGACUAUGACACCGGCUAUGCUCCGUGCCAGACAUUCCUCGAGUUUGCGAUCCAGAACGGCCUGUGUCUGUAUGUCCGGGACCAGCUUCGCCGCGAAUAUCAACCACUCGAGGCUCAGCAGCCCUUACUUCACUGUGCCAUUGCUCACUUGCCAGGCUAUACCAUCCAGGAGCCAGAUUUAACCCCCAUGAUUCGUGUCCUCCUUGAAGAGAGGGAUUCAUGCCACGUAGAGCUGCUGAAACAAGAUGCAUGGGCGUCCUACAUCAUGGCAUUCGUGCAGAUACUGGACCAAGAAAAAUCACCGAAAAUCACCCAAAUGAUAGAGCACAGACGAGACAUGAUCCAACUUCUACUCGCCGUUGGAGCGGACGCCAACGCACAAUGGAAAGACUCCGUCCACGUAUGGCAUCUUCUCCUCGUCGCAAUAACUCACUCGCCUCUUCCAUCUUGUCCUGCAAUCAUUCAAAUUACCAAAUCUUUCCUCAGUGCCGGCGCGAGUCUGUCAAGUCCCUUUUGGAGCGCUUCGGACGCCUUCACCGAGAUUUUAUUGGAGCGUUGCAGCAAUAGCGAGACCACGAGUGAUACUGCUUACUUGGACUUUCUGGUUCAGAUUUACUGUCUCUUGAUUUCGAAAGGCAUGGAAUUGAAGCCAUCUGAAAGGCUUCUUAUUCAUCAAAGGCUGCCCGGGAGAUUAUCCGAGUCGAUAUCAGCGGCCAUAGACCAGCAAAAGCUAGAGAAGAAGGUCAAGAGCCAUGCCGCGGCAAAAGGGUCGCAGAGUUGGACGUGGACGUCUUGGCUCGGCGCGUUAUGGUAA